GCAGCGCCCAGCAGCACCUAGCAGCACCAAGCCAGCCGAGAGCGAGGUCCGCACGUGUCGCCCUGGGCCGUCGUCGUCGACGUCGUGGUCAGGAUGGCGGCCUGCUCCGCCUGCUCGGCGUCCGGCAGGAGCGACUCGUCCGGGAAGCGGCAGUGAGGUGGACGUCGACGAGGGCGACACGUCGACGCGCACGUCAAGGUUUACGAGUGGCCGUCGCCAUGGACCUGGACAACCUGACGGCGCUGGUGCUGAACGCGACGGACGGCGACGUGGUCCCGGGGGGCAACUGCUCCACGUCGCGCAAAGCCGUGUUCCCGCUGGCCGGCGACGUGGCCGUCACGCUCAUGUACACCGUGGUGUUCCUGGUGGCGCUCGUGGGCAACGGGCUGGUCAUGUACUGCGUCAUGUCGUCGCCGCGCAUGCGCACCGCCACCAACUACAUGCUGCUCAACCUGGCCAUCGGCGACAUGCUGAUGACGCUGCUGUGCGUGCCCUUCACCUUCGUGUCCACGCUGCUGCUGCAGUUCUGGCCGUUCGGCGUGGAGCUGUGCCACACGGUGAGCUUCUCGCAGGCCGUGUCCGUGCUCGUGUCCGCCUACACGCUGGUCGUCAUCUCGGUGGACCGCUACCUGGCCGUGAUGCGGCCGCUGCGGCCGCGGCUCACGCGGCGCGAGGCGCAGUGCAGCAUGGCGGCCGUGUGGGUGGGCGCGCUGGCCACGGCCCUGCCCAUCCCGUACUGGAGCCGCCUGGGCCAGCCCGAGCCCUGGCACCGCGACUGCGACAAGUGGGUGUGCCAGGAGGUGUGGCCGUCGGCCGAGUCGCGGCAGCACUACAGCAUGGCGCUCAUGUCGCUGCAGUACCUGGCGCCCAGCUGCGUGCUGCUCUACACGUACGCGCGCAUCGCCGUCGUCAUCUGGGUGAAGCGGACGCCCGGCGAGGCGGAGAACUCCCGCGACCGCCGCUUCGCCUGCGCCAAGAGGAAGAUGAUCAAGAUGAUGGUGGUGGUGGUGGCCGGCUACACCAUCUGCUGGCUGCCCUUCAACGCGCUGGUGGUGGCGUGGGACACCAACACGGGGCUCGGCGACUGGGCGGGGCUGCCGCCGCUGUGGUUCUGCACGCACUGGCUGGCCAUGAGCCACUCCUGCCUCAACCCGCUCAUCUACUACUGGAUGAACGCGCGCUUCAGGGCGUGCUACCGCGUGGCGCUGGCCAGGCUGCCG